AUGCUCAGGACGACCGCCCACCCGACCCUCGACCGUCGAAGCUCACGCCAGCACCUCGACCGCGUGCCCGUGCUGCCCGUGCACGGAACGGUGGCGUCAUGGGGGCCGUUCGCGCGGCAAGACACGGAUGGCGUCCCAUCCAGGGCCGUCGUGUACGCGUCCGGCGUCGUCCUCUCCCUUUUUCUCGUCGCGUGCGGCGUGAUGGUCACCGCCUCCUCCCCUUACGAGUGGGGACCUCCGCAGACGCCCGCGCUCAACCUCGGCGGCGGCACGACCCACGGCAGGCACCUCACGCAGUGGCUCGCGCCCGUCUGGUACAGUCUUCCCGCCCUGUUCGACGCCAUAUACAACCUCGGCGAGGCGUUGACGAGGUUGGGAAUAACCCCCGAGGAUUACCGAGCCGCGGCUGAGAUCAACGCGCGGCGCGAGCAACUAGCGGAGGAUGAGGAAGAAUACGACGAGGAAGAAUACGGGUUUAGCGACGCGUCGGUGGAACCCGUCGAGGACGACCCGACGGACGUGUUCGACGCGUGGGGAUACGAGACGUACGACGGAAGGUUCGGAGAUACGCCGUUCUACCGCAGCCGCUGA